UCAUUGCCUUUCGAAAACUUCUCGGUAUUUACAGCGACAUGAAGAUGACGAAUACGACCUCAUUUUAAAAUCAUGGCACGAUCACUGAUUUAAGCUUACCUAACAUUACUGAGAGCUGCAUAUUGAAACACAAAGGAAGAAUGAGACUUAAACACUCCAAUAACUUAAGCCUACAGAACUUGCAUCGGCUGAUAUAUCAUGGAAUUGGCAAGGAACGAACCAGACAUAGGGAAACGACAGAUGUUUCCGCUUUCCUCACAGAAUACUGUCCGAGGUUGGCAGUCACCAACACAUUCACCUAAAUUAGCAACAAACUUCAGGGCUGAAUUCAAUCCCUCGGGAAGCGAAGGAGGUCUAGAUCAUUCACCUUGUGUUUCUGCUGACGACAUCGGCACUAAUAAACAGGAAUCGGUAUUGGAAAUUCACGAAAGAUACAAAUGGAGACGAGCUAUCGUUGCUGUUUCAGUUGCGAGCUUGAUCACUUCAAUUUUUUUUUCGGCUGCUGCAUUUUACGGCACGGCUACAACAGAUAGUUCUUCUGCCCUUGCCACUGCGCUCGACACUCUCCUCGCAGUUUUCAGUACUGCUGUUGUUAUUUGGCGUUUCCGGGACUAUUCGAAUGAGAAGGUCAUGGGGCCAAGGAGGGAAAGAUACGGAUCAGUUGCCUUUGGUAUCGCCUUUACUUUCAAUGGUCUCGUAACAAUUAUAGUAUCUAGUUUUAACUUGGAAGAUGAAAAAAGACCCAGACAUGCGAACUUAUUGUGGUCUGCUCUUCUUGGUUUUAGUAUUACCUACUGUCUUUUAGCUACUUUGGAGUUCUGGAUCUCUAAGAGAUACCAAAGUUCAGUUCUCGUUUCUUUGUGUAUUGACGACGCAGUCACAAGUGGUCUUUUGCUGGGUAUGGCAAUAAGUACUUUACUUGUGGAUCAAUACACUUACAUGUGGUAUUUAGAUCAUAUAGUCGCCAUUGUAUUGGCAGUUGUUCUUCUUGCAAGUGGUGUUAAGAUUCUUAUCGAUAUUUUUGUGCGCAAAGAACUUCCUUUCCAGGUGUUGGGGUAAAUUCUUACCCUUGUUCCUUGUCAGGAAAACUUCUCAGAACGGGACGUGGGUGCGCUCGAGUCUUGUCAAUAAACCGUCAAAACUCUACACAAUAGAGUCAGUAGAGAGGAAUUGUGUGCUUUGCCACCUUCACGUCUCCGAAUUUCCCCAGAAAACGUGCCCUAGCCGAAAAUUAGCCUCUUAAUUUGGCUUUAUCAACCGAGUUAAUGUAAAUUGACCACCGUAAAGUUUCCAAAAAGUGAGAUUUCGUGCGUUAGCCUUCGUCAGAGCGAAAAGAAAAAUAGCCAAUGGAAUAUUGGCGAAUGGAACAUUAUGAAUAUUAGCUCAUUUGUUGAUCAAAAAGAAUAUUAAAUAAAAAUAGAUGAAAAAUAUUUA